GCUUCUUUCUUCUUUUCUUCCGGCCUCUCUUGUCUCUUCAACUCUUUGCGUCUUGUCGGCACCGCACGGCGCACGCCCUAUUCCUCCCUCCUUCCGGCGCCAACCCAAGUACCCAACCCAACCCAAGCGGAGGGGACUCCACUUCAUCCACAGCCACAUCCACAUCCACCGAGCAGGAAUCCAAUCCGAAUCCACCAUCAGCUCUCCUAUCACAUUCCCUGCAUCCGUCUUCGAGCGAGCUAUGCGGCAGGAGGCCACCUGCAGCCUUGUGCUGACCCAGGACGCCCAACACCGGAAGAACCAGCCACCGCUGGCUGAGGAGGACGACGAUAGGGAUCAUACCGACGAUGCCAUGCCGCCGCCCUGCUCGAUCUUGCUCCGCCAGGAGGAGGGCGAGGCGACGGCGGCGGCGGCGGGGGAGGGGCUGCUGGUGCCGCCGCUCAACUUCGCCAUGGUGGAUCAUGGCGUAUACCGCUCCGGCUUCCCCGACAUCUCCAACCUGCCGUUCGUCGAGUCCCUUCGCCUCCGCUCCGUCCUGUGCCUCUGCCCGGAGCCGUACCCGGAGGCGAACCAGGAGUUCCUCCGCGCCCACGGGAUCAGGCUGUUCCAGUUCGGAAUCGACGGUUCCAAGGAACUAGGUUUUGGUACUGAAAAUAGAUGUUGCUUGCAGGAGCCCUUUGUGAACAUACCUGAAGAUAGAAUCCGUGAGGCUCUAAAAGUUGUGCUAGAUGUGGCAAAUCACCCGGUGCUUAUUCACUGCAAGCGUGGAAAGCAUCGAACUGGCUGUGUGGUUGGUUGCUUGAGGAAAUUGCAACGCUGGUGCCUAACUUCAAUAUUUGAUGAAUAUCAGCGCUUUGCUGCUGCCAAAGCAAGAGUAUCUGACCUAAGGUUUAUGGAACUAUUUGAUAUCUCUAGUUUAAAGCAUUUACCAGCAUCAUUCUCAUGUUGAGAAAGCAGCACACCCAGAGCAGCCUGUGUGCCAAGAUUGGCAAUUGUCUCUCGGUGACUCUAGAGACCUGUUUAUCAUAGUAACAAGACUACCUUGGUAAGAAAACUAUCAGUGAUACCUUUUAAUUGUGUUUUCAUCAUUAUACUACUUCCCAGUACAUGUAGUCGCAAGUUUAACCUUAUCAUUUUUGGAGAAUAGGUCCCGAGUUGUAGUUGAUGUUAAAGGGCAUAGAAACCGGAUCGGUUGCCAAUGCAGUUCACUGUAUUAGUUCAGUGUUUUUCAAGCGAAUAAGAGGGAUGCAUCGGGAGCUAUACCAUUGUUGUUUCUGCGUUAGCAGUACCAGUAUGUAUUUUUUUGGCAGUGCAUAAUUUUUUAUAUGUUGUAAUUAUGCUCAAUCUGUAUAUCGAAUAGAAUCUCAAAUUGCAAGGAAAAACCAUCAUGGCCCUUCAAGCCCUUGACUGAAUGUGUGUAAUUGUUCAGUGUUUUAAAGAAGAUUAAGUUCAGUGUGUUGUCUA